GCUCGCGAGUCGUGGUUUGCUUCAGUCGGGUCUACGAUCAUUUUUGCGUUUAGUAAAUAUGUGCGGAAUAUUUGCAUACAUUAACCAUCUAACGCCGAAAACUCGGCGUGAAAUUUUGGAAUUGCUCGUAAAUGGAUUAAAACGCUUAGAAUAUCGUGGAUAUGAUUCGGCGGGCGUCGCUGUCGAUGCUGCAGACCAGAAAGAUAUCGCUGUGGUGAAACGCAGCGGCAAAGUAGCUGCUCUUGAAGAACUGCUGCAGGAGCGUAGCGUCGAGCUAUCAGUAGAAGAAUGUGUUGAUUCGCACUGUGGAAUCGCUCACACGCGUUGGGCAACGCACGGUGAACCGAGUGCCGUCAACUCACAUCCGCAACGUUCAGGAGAAGAUAACGCUUUUGUUGUCAUCCACAACGGCAUCAUUACUAACUACAAAGAAGUGAAAACAUUUCUAGAAAAUAAGGGUUAUACAUUUGAAUCUCAAACUGAUACCGAAGCUAUUGCUAAGUUGAUUCAUCAUAUGUACAACCAGCACAAAGAUUACAACUUCCAGGAACUUGUUGAACAGGUAAUCCAACAGCUCGAAGGAGCUUUUGCUUUGUGUUUCAAAUCACGCCAUUUUCCCAAUGAAUGUGUAGCAACUAGAAGAGGUAGCCCAUUAUUAGUAGGAAUCAAGACACGCCGCCGGCUGUCUAGUGAUCAUGUGCCAAUUAUGUACACCAAUAACAAAGCUACUCGAGGAGUGGUACCUUCUGUACCCCGUGUCAACAGUCAUGCACACUUUGAACCUGAAGAGGAGCGUGAUGUUGAGUAUUUCUUUGCUUCUGAUGCAUCUGCUGUUAUUGAACAUACUAAUAGAGUCUUAUAUUUUGAAGAUGAUGAUGUUGCCCAUAUUAGAGAUGGUAUUCUCAGUAUUCAUCGCUUGUCUGGCAGCAGUACUGAUCCUCAUGAACGUGAAAUUUUCACUUUAAAACUUGAAUUGCAACAAAUCAUGAAAGGCAACUAUGAGUACUUCAUGCAAAAGGAAAUUUUUGAACAACCAGAAUCUAUUGUUAAUACUAUGAGAGGACGUCUUAACUUUGCUAAUAGCACUGUCACUUUAGGAGGUAUCAAAGAUUAUAUUCCUGAGAUUAAGCGAUGCAGAAGACUUAUGUUAAUCGGAUGUGGUACCAGCUACCAUAGUGCAGUAGCUACUCGUCAGUUACUGGAAGAGCUCACGGAAUUACCUGUUAUGGUAGAGCUGGCGUCUGAUUUCUUGGAUAGAAAGACUCCAGUUUUCAGAGAUGAUGUUUGCUUCUUUAUUUCCCAAUCUGGAGAGACUGCUGAUACUCUAAUGGCUUUGAGGUACUGUAAACGACAUGGCGCCCUUAUUGUGGGCAUUACUAAUACAGUAGGCAGCUCCAUUUGUCGUGAAUCGCACUGUGGUGUCCACAUCAAUGCUGGCCCUGAAAUCGGUGUUGCCUCAACAAAAGCAUACACUUCUCAAUUUGUAUCAUUGGUCAUGUUCGCUCUUGUUAUUAGUGAGGAUCGCAUUUCCUUGCAGAAAAGACGCGCCGAUAUCAUUGCAGGUCUUCAUGAGUUGGAUGAAAAGAUUCGUCAAGUGUUGGCCUUGGAUUCUGAAGUAAAAGCUCUGGCAGAAGAUUUAUAUCGGCAAAGAUCAUUACUAAUAAUGGGAAGAGGAUACAAUUUCGCAACUUGUUUGGAAGGAGCUUUGAAAGUGAAAGAAUUGACAUAUAUGCACAGCGAGGGCAUUAUGGCUGGAGAAUUGAAGCACGGUCCUCUCGCUCUCAUUGAUGAUUCAAUGCCAGUUAUGAUGAUUGUAAUGCGCGAUCCAGUGUACACAAAGUGCAUGAAUGCAUUGCAGCAAGUGAAUGCCCGGCAAGGUCGACCGAUCGUCGUAUGUGAGCAGGGCGACAAGGAAACAAUGGCUCUGGCUUCUCGUAGCCUAGAAAUUCCGAAAACUGUGGAUUGUCUGCAGGGAGUUUUAACCGUCAUCCCUAUGCAGCUUCUUGCAUAUCACAUUGCAGUAUUACGGGGUUGUAAUGUUGAUUGUCCGCGAAAUCUCGCAAAAUCUGUUACUGUAGAAUAAACGGUUAUCUUGCGAUCUCUUUGGCACAAAUCUUUAAUGUAAAUAUUGAAUGAAUAUAUAAGUAAAUCCAGCUUUCGUAUUUUGUAGCCGCAAAACUCAAGAGUAGUCAAAUGAUGGACUACAUUUUAUAAAGCGUUGUAUUUUUUCUAAGACUUAAAUAUAUUUAUCCCGAGGUUCCUUUAAGAAUAUACUAAGCCAUAGCGAAGCGUGACCGGCUUUAGGUAUUACUGAAUCAUUUUGAUGUUUGAAAAGCGCAAAAAAUAAAAUACAGAUAUCAAUAUAUCGUUGUUCCGUUACAUAUAAUACUUGAAUAGCCAUGACAAUACAACUACAAAAUAAUAUUUUUAUACAGCUGCGUGACUUACCUACAGCACGUAAAAUUUAAAAGUUGUAUAUGAUUAUUAACUGAAAUGUCAUCUGUUUUGCAACUAUAUGUAUAAUAAUAUGUAAACACAUAAUACUUAUUCCUAUUACGUUAAAGUGUUAUCGCCUAAAAUAUAAUAUACAUUUAGAUAUUAACAUUAGAAUGAGAGCAUCAAGCUGUAUGAUUCCUUUUAUUAUUAAUAACUCACCCGGUUUAUAUUAAUUAGCAACACAUAAUUUCUAUUUUGUUCAUAAUUCCUUUUCAAUCGAUUAAGUGAAACAUUCCAAUCGGUACUUUUUCUUUCGUUAUAUUACUUUGUAAUCCUUAACAUUCCACUUAUAACUAAUUAUCUACAUUUUUAUCUUGAAUUAACUAAAUAUAUUAUUUCGACAAGUUAUAGUCUGGCUUAGUUUUCGUGCCCCGAUGCUGGCGACAGUGUGGAAUGUACCGGGGGUUUUUAUUUUGUAUCUUUGAUAUAGGCAUUAUCUGGUUGUGAUAUCAACGAUUAUAAUUCAGCUUCCUUUGUUUAAAUACUAUUUUUUUUUUCAAACAUCUAUUACUAGGACAUGUAGGUGUGAAAAAUUAUAUUAGCAUCACAAUAUUAAUUUAUAUUCAGUUACUAUUAUUAUUUUUAGUUUUUACAGAAUAAGUAGUUGCUUUAGCGUAUAUAGUACUUAUUUACCUAUACAAUAUGUAUCAUUAAAAUAUAAUUAACUACGUACCUUAGGCUUGAUUUUAUUGUUUAAGUGGUAAUAAAUAACUAUAAUUGUUAACGAUGUGUCGUCACAUAUCUGAUAAAAUGUCCGUCAAGCGUCUCAUGGAAGCAUAGAAGCCAUAACUCUGGCCAUAGGAUCGACAUUUUAGGGAAUGUUGUGAUGAUAUUUCGUUUUUGUUUUUACUAUUUUGCCAUGAGAUUUGGUGGAUAAACUUGGGAUAAAUGAUUAAGUUAAAAACUGCUGUCAAAUUCAUUAUCAUUCGUUCUUCCCUAUUAAAGUACAUGUCAAAGUACUAAAAUGUAACGAAUUGCGCUAUAAUAUCGCUAAGAUGUCGUGUCCUGUGGCUAGUUACAGCUAGAGGAGCUAGGCGGUCGAUUAGCGUCUGUAAGUUUGAAUGUCAAAUCAUAUAUUUGUCUGUUCCGCAACCGAUGAGAUCAGAUGUGUCGAAAGUCGAACUAAAUUAUGCUAAUAUUGUUUAUAAUUGAUAAUAAUUAAUUUGUUAAUUAAUAGAUUUUUUCAAAAGUUUUAUUCCCUUAGCGUUAUGCAGUUUUUAUUUAAGAAAAUUCAAUUACAGUAAAUUCACAUUUAAAAUGUCAAUACAAUUACAAUAUAAGAAAAUAAAAUUUUUAUUCUCUAAACACAAUAUACCUAAACGGGACUGUAAAAAUACGUAAUUGUUAAGCAAACAUCUGCAGUCUGCUUUUAAUUUAUUCAAUAGGAUCAAGUCUACUGUAUUAUUGUAAGUUUCAGAAAUAUAUUGUGUAAUUUUAAAAAAAUGGAUGUACAUAUGUUAUGAAAACAGUUAGGUAAUAUGUUUUAGUAAGAUGUGUAAAUAAUAUAAUACUUUUAUAGUUGCUGGAAUAAAUAAUAUCGCUUACCUGCUUCACCGGGAUUCUUUAGUUUAUUGUUUUAGGUGCUUAUCAGUAAUAUAGAAAUCUAUUAGUUGAUACGCUCAUGUUCGACUUGUUAUGUUUUUAAUAUCAUGACAAAGUCUAUUGCCUUCUAUGGAAAAAAAAACAAUAAUUCAUUGUUAUGUUGAUAGUGUAACAACUAUGUAGUUCAUGAAUAUUGGUGAUUGAUAUUUGAAAUGAAAUGAAGCCGCAUAUAAAUACCAUAUAUAAUUGUUUUGAUAUUAAAUUAGCACAAAUAAAUAAAUUUUAAUAAGGUUUAAAUGAAUUGAAGAAAAUAAGUUUUGUAUAACCUGAUUUGUUGUUGACUAUAUUUUAUUUAUUGUUUUCUGUUUCAAAAAUUAUAAUUUAUUAGUUUCAUAUGGCCACGGGCUCUACCCUAUUGUGUGUUUGAUCGUGCAAUGAAAUCAUUUUAAAUCUGAAUAUCGGUAAAGUCUGAAACAAGGAAAUAAUGAUAAGUGCAGUAUCAAAGCUAGCAAGUAGGUACAGUGGCGUAGAUAACGCUAUUAUCCGAUUUAAUCGCUAAUGAGCGACGCCCUGUAUCUACUAUAUUAUAAUAUAUGAAUAAUUUUUAACAGAUUAUCGAAAAUUUGUGAAAUAAAAUUUCCAUUGUUACUUUUUCAUGUGAUAAAUCUAAGCUAUUCACUAGUCAAAAUUUUUGUAGCUUAGUUCGGAAAUUUCGCUAUUUCCAAAAGACUAUUUAAAACGUUAAAUGUCCAGCAUAAAGUGUGUAGAUUUUCUUAUGUUCGUAUUUUUUUUUUACACAGUUUUAUUUCUUUUUUAAUACAGGCUACAACUAUGCAAACAGGAUCCAAUUAUUACAAAAGCAGCAAUGUUAGUUACGUUAUUUACCUUUAAGUAAUUAAUUCUAAGAUAGAUUAAAAGAAUGUUCUUAGAAUAUGCUUCAUUUCUAUUCUAUUCAUAUUUGUUAAUAUCCGUAUGAGUUUAUAUACAAUAUAAUUUUAUGCACAACAUACAUAUUUUAAUGCAACAGAUCGGGAAAAAAUGUAAUAUAGUCAUUUAUUAUUGUUUAGUAUAAGUAUGAGAUUAAACUAUAGUUUCUUAAAUAUAUCGUUUUGUAUAUU